AUGGCUUUUCAGUUGAUCCGCUGUGGCCUAGCCUCGGCCAAGUUGAACCCACUGGCUCGCUAUUCAUCUCAUGCCGCUCACAAGUUUUCGCAUGCUCUUCAAAGUGCACCAGCAACUGAACUAACGGUGCUUGACAAUGGAAUUCGAGUUGCCACGGAAAAGACCAGCUCUCCAACUGCGACCAUCGGUGUGUGGGUUGAAGGUGGAUCUCGCUACGAAUCGGCCGAGCUGAAUGGAAUCGCCAACUUCAUCGAGCGCCUCCUUUUCAAAGGAUCGAAAACUCGCUCUAAAAAGCAGCUGGAGAAGGAUGUUUAUGGACUGGGUGCAGUUCUGAACUCGUACAAUGAUCGAGAGAGCAGCGGCUUCUAUGCUACUGUCGCUCCGGGUGACGUGUCAAAGGCUUCUGAGCUGUUGGCUGACCUCAUUCAAAACCCAGCUCUUUCCUCUGAAAACAUUGAAGAGACCCGCAAUGAAGUUCUUAAAGAGUUGGAGGAGUCGCAGUCUAACCACGAGCAAGUCGUCAUGGACUACCUUCACUCUGUGGCUUUCCAAAACACCUCUCUGGCGCAGUCCAAAUUUGGCUCUACUGAAAAUAUUCAGCGCUUCACCAAGGAUCACAUUGAACAAGGCCUGGAUCUAUUUUUCAAAGGACCUCGCAUGGUUAUUGCUGCCAGUGGCAAUGUUGAACACGAUCAAAUUGUCAAGCUAGCUCAGCAAGGUUUCAAAGGAGUUUCUACGGUUUAUGAAAAGAACGGUAUCCCCAGUUCACCAGUCGGCCAUUACACUGGCAGUGAUAUCCGCGUUCGUGACGACUCGAUGGACGCCGCCUAUGUGGCUUUUGCUGUUGAGGGCCCAGGAUACAACAACCCUGAUUACGUUGCAAUGAAAGUCGCUUCUUCGCUUUACGCUCCCUGGGAUCUCACUCACGGUGGAGGUGAAAACCUUUCCAACUACUAUGGUCUGGUUUCGGCUUCUGACCACUUGACACAGGCGGUCAAACCAUUCAACCUCGCCUACAAGGAUACCGCUUUGUGGGGUGUUUAUUUUAUUGGUGAGCGAAUGAAGCUUGCUGAUAUGUGCUGGCAAAUUCAGCAUCAGUGGAAGCGACUGUACCUGGAAAUUGCCAACAAUGAGAUCCGCUUCGGAAAGAAUAACCUCCUCACCAAGCUUAUAACUCAGCGAGACGGCUCUGCCAGCAACGCCAACAGCAUUGCUUCUGAUGUCCUCCGUUUUGGCCGCCGAAUCAGCCUUGAAGAGUGGCAGUCAAAGAUAGCCCAAGUGAACUCUGACAAAAUUCACCAGAUGGGCGAAAAGUACUUCUGGGAUCAGUGCCAUGCCAUGUCAUCUCUCGGUCCAGUUGAAGAGCUGCCCGUCUACGAUGACCUCCGAAUGACGAUGUCCUGGGUUCGCUACUAA